AGUCGUGUUGAUUCUAAAUGCAAUUGUGUUUGUCAAAACGAAAUGUUUAGACGUUUGUGAAUGUACGUACCAUCGUUGUUACUUAUUCUACUUUCGAAUUUUUUAUUUUAGAUUUCUAGUACAAAUUACCUAGUGUUAUGUAAAUUCAUACUAAAUUAUAAAUGUACUGUGAAGAAUUAUCUCGAGAAUUCGCCUUAUAUUUAAAAUCAGUGCAAUGACUUCGAAACUUUCGAAAAUGGCUAAUAAAAAUUGUUGUGUUAUGUUUAUAAUUUUCGCUCUCGCGAUAGUUCAAGCGGUCGGUUACGACACGGAACUGUAUGAAACAUCAGCAUGCGAUAGUACAGCAUGUUUUGACGCUCUUCACGGAGCUCUCGGAGACUGUUCCUGCAACGUCGAUACGAUCGACUAUUUUAAUAACGUAAAAAUAUUCCCGCGAAUACAGAGUCUGGUAACCAAGGACUAUUUUAGAUUUUACAAGGUCAAUUUAAAGAAAGAAUGUCCAUUUUGGGCGGACGAUAGCAGAUGUGCGAUGAAAUACUGUCACAUUAAAACCUGUUCGAAGGAAAGUAUUCCGGGUUUCGAAAGCGGCUACGAGAAUGAACAAGAAGAGGAGGUGCCAGCCGCGAAGUAUACACAAGAGGCGCAAACCCCGUGUAACUCUGACACCGAUCAUGAUCCUGCUCUUGGUUACUUGAACAUGACUUUGAGUGCAGCAAGCCAGUACGAAAUCGCUAAGUGGAAAGCUUAUGAUGAUUCAGUAGGAAAUUUCUGCGAGUGUGAUGAUAAAGAUGUGGAAGCUGAAUAUAUUGAUUUAUCUUUAAAUCCAGAGAGAUAUACAGGCUACAAAGGCGACUCAGCACAUAGAAUUUGGAGAAGCAUUUAUCAGGAGAAUUGUUUUCGUCCUAAAUUGAAUCCAUAUCAAUCAUUUCCAUAUGUAUUGAGUUCAGAUUUAGGCAAUAUGUGCCUCGAAAAGAGAGUAUUUUACAGAGCAGUAUCUGGUUUACAUUCUAGUAUUAAUAUCCAUUUAUGUUCAAAGUUUUUACUAUCAGAAAAAAAGUUAGGUUUUGCAGCUCCACCUGAAGGUGAAUGGGGACCAAAUUUGGCCGAGUUCCAACGUCGUUUUGAUCCAUCACAGACAUUUGGGGAAGGUCCAAAUUGGCUAAAGAAUUUAUACUUUGUAUAUUUGCUUGAAAUGCGUGCUAUAGCAAAAGCCGGGCCUUAUUUAGAACGAGAGGAUUAUUUCACUGGUAACCCUAUAGAGGAUGAGGAGACUAGAGACGCUAUACGUAAUAUGAUAGGUGUUAUAUAUACAUUUCCUGACCACUUCAAUGAGUCUUCAAUGUUUAAUGGUGGUAGUCAGGCUGGGAAGUUGAAGCAAGAGUUCCGUGAUCACUUUUGGAACAUUUCACGUAUUAUGGAUUGCGUUGGAUGUGAUAAAUGUAAACUGUGGGGUAAGCUGCAGACUCAGGGGUUAGGGACAGCACUCAAAAUCCUCUUCUCAGGUCAGUGGGACAGUUUUGAAGGAGAUCCUGAUCAAGGCAAGCUAAUAUUGAGGCAUAAGUCCCAUAAACGUUUACAACGGACAGAAAUAGUUGCAUUAUUUAAUGCAUUUGCUAGACUAUCGAAUAGUAUCAGAGAACUCGAGAACUUCAGGAAUAUGCUCAGCUCUCAAACAGAAACGCAGAAGAAGAGCAUAUUUGGGAAUGUUCCAGGCGACGUGGGCGACAAAAAGGAACUAUGUUCGGGCGGAGCGAAACCAAAAAUAUGGAGUUAAAUAAUGACGCAAGGUUUCAACUUGUAGUAUAACUUUAACAAAGUGUUGACGUAUAGUUAUGUAUCUUCGACACUUUCUCUUGACUCAAGAUUCAUGUCAGACGGUAUUCGUUUAGUGUGAAACGAUUAUAUAAUUUUAUAACUUGAAUGAAAUUUUUAGCUUUUAGCUUUUGCUGUAAUCUUUUGUAUUGUUAUUUAUCAAAAACGGUAUAGCUUGUGGUUUUUUUUUCGGUUUUAAUGAAAAAAAUAUUACUCUCGUGCCGGCUCGGUGGACCGAAAAAACCUAUUUUAACCACGGAAAACAAUUAAACUCAAGUUAUCUUAAUUGGAAAAGUCAGAGCCUUUAUUUAUCAAACAUACUAAUUAAUAGUCGUUUUACUAACAAAAAAUAUAUCAAGAAUCGGCACCUUUUGUAUUUAUUUAAAUUUAGAAUUUAUGUAUCUUGCAUGAUACAUAUAAUAAAACGCCAUUAUUUUAGUAUUAUUAUUUUCUCGUUACACAACAAAAGUUUAUAUUUAGAUCGCAGAUUAUGAUACAUUAUCAUCACAGUUUUAAAACCAGUGAAUAAGUUUUACGAGAUAAAGCUAUAAUUCACAGGAAAUAAAAAUGGACAAUAUUUUUUUAGUUUUUUUUCUUAUUUUUGUAUUUAGAUUUCCAUAUUCAAAAUCUCUGAAGUAAUUAACAUUACAAUAUGGAUGUGAUGUAAAACAAGUGACGUCACAUGUACGCCUACUUCGUAACGAAAUGUUUACUGGCCGUUUGUCUAUUGGGCCACGUGUGGAAAUUUGUUUUGCAAAUGAACAACAUACGCUCGUAUACAAUUUUGGCUUUAUCUUGCAAUUGCCAUUUCUCUUUACAUUGUUUCGUCAUUUGAAUUUGUUUUUAAAUGAAUAGGCGUAUUAAUUAGCAUACGUCUAGACACAUAUAUGGAUUGUUCCUUUAGUAAAAAAUAUUUUUAGUUAAUUUUCUAUUUACAAUACGAAUUAAAAAUAUAUUUAUUAAAUUACUUAAUUUUCUUCUAGUCAUGUAACGUUGGUGAGCUACGAUAAAAUUUUACAAUAGUAGUUUUUUUUAUAUAAUACAGCUAAAGACUCAUACUUAAAGAGCCUAAAUAAAAUUUCAGAAAUGGAACACUUGUUCGCUUACCGUUUUUCUUAUAAGAUUAAUAUAUUAAUGACUAAAGUUCAAUCGUAUAAGGUCUUACUGCGUCACUUGACUAAUUCCUUUAGCUGUAUUUUAUUAAUAAGUAAUGUAAUCAAUUAUAAUCGACACGGUAUUUUGGGUAAAUUUUUUGUAUAAUGCUGUUAUUAAUUCUGAUAAAGAUAUUUUUUAAAAACAGUUUAAACUUAAAGUAACAAUAGUACUGGAAUGUAUUACGAGUAUUGGAUACGUCACAAAUGUUUUAUAAGUAUAUAUAAAUAUAUAUGUAUAAAUGUUUUUAUUUAUCUGAUGUUUAAAAUGUGAAUAAGUUUCCUUUUUUUUAAAUGCACUUUUUAAUUUACGGUUUUACAAUAUGUUUUCGACUUUUUGUCUUGUUUUAAAAUAAGAAUAUUAAAUAUAGAUACACUAAUGAUGUAUUGUGAAAUAAUGAUUAAUUGUAAACGCAACCGAGUGUCGUCAUGUUGAAUCACAAUAUCGAUAUUGAGUCGAUUGAAAUUAUUAUAAUUUUUUAAAGGAUAGUAGGAUACAUUUAUGAAUAUGUCAGAUACUUGUUUGAAUAUCGUAAUAUCAGUUACUCUUCUACUAUUCGUAAGCAAAACGAAACGUUUUUUGAAAAUAUUAUAUAUUCUUGUAAUUAACGAGUUAUAUAAGUAUUAGUUAUAUAAUACAAAUAGUUUAAUUUAUAAUGAAAAGUGUUUGUAAAUAUUGAAUGUUUUAUGUAAAUCGAGGUUUAAUUUAAUAUAUCGAUUGUAAUAAUAAAAGAUGUAGGUCAUGUGAAAGCAUGCAUUACACAUUUUUAUACCAAUUAAAAUUCUCCUUUCCGUGUUAAGAAGUGUAAUGUAGUCGAGUUAUUUACCUAUAGUAGUGUUUUUACAUUAGCAAUUAUAAUAAGAAUGUCUGUGAUUGUUUAAGGUCUAUCAAUUAACAGAAAAUAACAUGACAAGAUUCUUUAACGGUUUUUUUUUUAUUAAUAAACUUUUAAAUU